AUGACCUUCGCUACGCACAGCAUGACGUUAAAAGCUAUCGCCCUUGGGUCUCUCCUGCUCGCCAGCAGCGGCAGCGGUGUCUCAGCAGGCAAUGCUGGCACCAUGCGAGUGGUUGGGAACUCCGGCGUCUCAGCUCAGAUGAUGUUCCUCGGCACAGAGCAGAAGGUCUACAUCCUCGACAAGACUGAGAACAAUGCUGUGCGCGUUAAUGGCCACCCUGCCUGGGCCGUAGAGUACGACAUCAAGUCGAACACGUAUCGGCCCAUGGAGGUGCGUUCCAACACCUUUUGCGCCGGUGGUAUGUCCCUCGGUGACGGCACCUGGCUGGUCACUGGCGGAAACAAGGCCGUGACCACCAACGGAGACACCGCAAAAGCUGGAGCCGGCUACGGAGCAUACAACGGCGGAAAAGCGCUCCGAUUCCUGAGUCCGUGUGACAAUCAACAAUGUCAGUGGGAUGACCAGUCGAGCAACCACCUCGACACGGAACGAUGGUAUCCCACCGUCGAACCUUUAGCCGAUGGCCACAACAUUAUACUUGGAGGUAUGCGAGAUGGAGGCUUUGUUCCCAGUCAAGGUUCAAACAACCCUACCUACGAAUUCUACCCUCCCAAGAAGGAUGGAAAGAGUCUUUCGUUGCCGGUGCUGCAGCGCACUGUACCUCUUUCGCUUUAUCCGAUCGCAUAUUUGAUGUCGUCGGGCGAUGUGUUCAUCCAAGCUGGGAGGGAGGCGAUCAUGUGGAACUACAACAAGCAGAGCGAGUGGUCAAUGCCCAAGAUUCCGGGCGCGCCUCGCGUCUAUCCUGCCUCGGGUGGAUCGGCUCUGCUUCCACUGACACCUGCCAACGGAUACAAGGAGACGAUCCUCUUCUGCGGUGGUAUGAGCCUAGGCAAGGUAGCCAACUGGGGCAACGAAGGUGGACCCAGCAUGGCCGUUUCGCAGGUUCCAGCGUCGACCUCGUGCGAGCAGAUCAGCCCAUUGCAAGGUGGCAACUGGGAAGCGGUCGAUGAUCUACCCGAGGGUCGUUCGAUGGGUCAAUUCAUCCAGCUGCCCGACGGCACCCUUUGGUUCGGCAACGGCGUCACCACGGGUGUCGCUGGCUAUAGCACCAACCCGAAUGCCAAAGGUGAUCCUGUCGGCGAAUCGUACGGCGACAACCCAUCGUACCAACCUCUCGUGUACAACCCUCAAGCAUCACUCGGCAACCGAUGGAGGCAAGUCGGCAGCACCUACAUUGGUCGACUCUACCAUUCUUCCGCCACGCUCCUUCCCGAUUCCUCCAUCCUCAUCGCCGGCUCCAACCCCAACGCCGACGUCAACACCUUCACCACAUGGGCUACCGAGUAUCGAGUCGAGCGAUGGUACCCUGAGUUCUACGACUCGCCUCGUCCAUCUAGCUCUGGUCUGCCGCGAAGCUUUUCGUACGGUGGCAAAGGGUUCACCAUCAAGCUCAACUCGGCCGCCGAGGCGCGAAAGGCCAAAGUGGUACUGGUUCGCACCGGCUUUUCGACGCACGGUAUGAACAUGGGUCAGCGCAUGAUCGAGCUCAAGUCCACAAGACAAGGCAGCUCGAUCAGCGUUGCUCAGCUUCCACCGAAUGCCAAUCUGUUUGCUCCUGGACCGGCCCUCGCGUUCGUCGUGGUGGAUGGCGUGCCGAGUCAAGGAAAGAUGGUCAUGGUGGGUAAUGGAAAGAUCGGUACGCAGCCGGUUGCGGCAGAAACGUCGCUGCCUGCUGCGUCUGGCAAGAGGGAGGAGAUGAUGGAGCCUAGGAAUGUGUCCCAGGUGGAGCGAGAGGUGGCUGCGGCUAUGGGAGGACACGACGAUGUGCUCCGAAGAAGCGCGUUGCACGCUCGUCACUACAAGAGCGGCGUCGAUCGUCUUUGA